AUGGGGGAAGGUCCCCCCGAGUGGGGCCGCCACUGGCACGAAUUCACCGGCGUGGCCGCCGGAAAUAAACCAGAGGCAGUAGAAGUAACAUUCGCAGACUUUGAUGGAGUCCUUUACCAUAUUUCAAACCCCAAUGGAGACAAGACAAAAGUGAUGGUCAGUAUUUCUCUGAAAUUCUACAAGGAACUCCAGGAACACGGUGCUGACGAGGUAUUGAAGAAAGUCUAUGGAAACUACUUGGUAAAUCCUGAGUCAGGUUACAAUGUCUCUUUGCUCUACGACCUGGAGAACCUUCCCGCAGACAAGGAUGCUAUCGUGCACCAAGCCGGCAUGUUGAAGCGCAACUGCUUUGCUUCAGUCUUUGAGAAGUAUUUCAAAUUCCAGGAAGAGGGCAAAGAAGGAGAAAAAAGAGCCGUCAUCCACUACAGGGACGAUGAGACAAUGUAUGUUGAGGCGAAAAAGGACCGCGUCACAGUUGUGUUCAGCACGGUAUUUAAGGAUGACGAUGACGUGGUGAUUGGAAAGGUGUUUAUGCAGGAGUUCAAGGAGGGUCGCCGAGCCAGUCACACAGCCCCACAGGUGCUCUUCAGCCACAGGGAGCCGCCAUUGGAGCUGAAAGACACAGACGCGGCCGUUGGCGACAAUAUUGGCUACAUUACCUUUGUGCUGUUCCCCCGUCACACCAAUGCUGCUGCCAGAGACAACACCAUAAACCUGAUCCACACAUUCCGGGACUACCUGCACUAUCACAUCAAGUGCUCAAAGGCCUAUAUUCACACACGUAUGAGGGCGAAACCAGAAGCAGAGAAGAAAGAAAUGAAAACAAUCACGGGGAAGACGUUCACAACCCGUUAACGCCAGGGUCGUUGAGGCUGCCGUGGAGGAUGAAGGUUGGGGCACUUGCUACCCAAUAAUUGUAGCUUUUAAUGUUGCACCUCUGUGGGCUCAUAAGGAAUUCAAGCAAUCGGGGUCUGUUUGUACGACAGUUUGGGGAGUAAUCUGCAGAAACGAGCUGUGCUUGCGAGGACUCGAUCGUUCCAAGAAACAAAACCUUAAUUCCAGUUUGAUUGACUUAAUUUCUUUUCUUUUUUAAUUUUUUUUUUCUUUUCAAGCUGUUUCGCUUUGCAAUAUGUUACCAGAAAUAAGUAAGUUGCAGUAUUUCUUAUGAGAAUAAUGCAAUAUUAACUUGUUUUCUUCUGAGUAUUUGAGUUCAAAACUCCUGUAUCUGAAGAAAUACUGUUGGGGUUCAUGAAUAAAGGAGAUCUUUCUAUCU